ACCCUCCCAAUUAAAAAAGAUCAUCAAAACCAUGGCUGGUUCUGGUUCUCCCUGUGGAGCCUGCAAGUUCUUGAGAAGAAAAUGUGCGAGAGGGUGUAUUUUUGCUCCUUAUUUCUGCUAUGAAGAGGCAGCUACCCAUUUUUCUGCCAUCCAUAGGUUUUUUGGCGCAAGCAAUGUGUCGAAGCUUUUAGCUGACCUUCCGUUGAGCGAUCGAUGCGAGGCCGCAAUGACGAUAUCAUACGAAGCUCAAGCCAGGCUUCAAGAUCCCAUUUAUGGCUGUGUUUCACAUAUUUUUGCUCUCGAACAGCAGGUGGUCAACUUACAAGCACACUUAGCUUUCCUCAUGGAUCAAGCAGCUCAAAGCUUUGUCAAUGGCUCUGCUGUAGCAAACCCUAAUGAGAAAUUUUAUGGGAAACUUCCUUCUCACACAGAUCUAGAGGAAGCUCAAAGUUGGUUUCAUGAGUUAGAAAAUUCAUCCAACUCCAUGCCACAAUUCAAUUCAACCCACAUCAAUAAUCCUGGAACUACAUCAUACUAUGAGAAUGGAAUUAUGAAUUCAAAUAACUCUGUUAAUGGGAGUUAUGAAAAAUCAGUGAAUAUCCCAGAAGAAAAUGUCUCAUAUGGCAGCUUCGAAGAGGGCACUUCUCAUUCCAUGUCUUCUUUUGGCAUGCAAACAAAUUACAACAGGCAAUGGGGUUUUCAGGAUGCUGAUGAGCUUCAAUCAGUGGUUUUCAACUACAUUCACCAGCAUUCAUGAGGUGACGGCCCAUCGAUGAGUAUAUUG